AUGUCGCAGCCCUUAUUUAAAUUGAGGAAAGAGCUUAGUCUUCCAGUUUCGGAAGAUGUCAGCAUGAUUGAUGAGCUUUCCAGCUAUGCUGCUACUAUGGAUUCAUCUGCACCAGAUGUAAGCUUGACAAAUAGGUAUUCCAAUGAAUUGCUACUUACAGAAAACUCAAAAUUUAUUGUUACCCAACUGGCACCUAGAUUAUCUUUGCUUCCUUCUGAAUUGGAUGGUUUAAAUGGUUGCGUUGAUACAUAUUCAGGAAAUGCGCUAUGUAAUGAUUCGGAUAAUUUGUAUAUUUGGCCAUUUAAAUCAUCUCAGAAAAGGCCAAAUUUUAUAAGAAUUGCACUUCAUGAGCAGCAUGAGACAUUGAGCAGCCCUCCAAAGUGUUGCUUUACCUGGCCAUCCACAGGGGACGAUAACGAUCAGACUAAGUCUGCUGGGAUUUUGAUUAUCAAUCGGCAGUCUGGCAUUGUGAGAUUUUAUGAGGAUGUGAGCACUAUUAAUAGUGUUUCCACCUUGAUCUCAAAGAAGAGGGAAAUUAAUCUUGAUUUGAAGUUUAAACAGCAGGAGAAUGUUGUGGAUAUUGUGAAUGCUGAACCAUCAGGAGUGCUUGUUUCCACGACCUUCGGAAGGCUGCUUUUAAUUACAAUAAGGGAUAGUAGUGGUAAACCAUGCUUGCAGUUGAAAUCCCAUUUGGUCAAGUCCCAGGUCGGAAUUUUUACUUCUAUGAAUUCAUUCAAGGAAAUUGUUUCUAUCCGUCCGGGUCCAAUUACGGGUAAAGGAGAAAGACUUCUAUACAGCAUCACCCGUGGGGGCGAGUUUAAGAUAUGGAACGUUUCAGCUACGAUGAAUAGCUAUAAUAGAGUUGAUGUGAACGUUUAUCAGCAAAUAUUGGAUUCGUUACAGGAAUUGUACCCAUUUGCAUACGGCACUCUUCAGAUCCUAGAUUCCCACCCGUUGCCGCAAGAUCCUUCUGCUCAUUUAAUUUUGGCCUCAAUAUCCGACAGUAAGUUUACGUACUAUAUUUGCACUACGAUACAGGUUGAGGAAAGUACCAAUAGUUUCUCCAUAUUUUCCGUUUAUCGUUUGAAUACGUAUGUCCUUCCUUCUGCGAAGAAGCCUCAGCUUUUCAUCCCGGGAGCUCUGAAUCAUGCGGGAGAUCUAACGGCAGACACGACACCCGUUUACUUUCUUUUUGAAGACGCCAUCGUAUUUAUUCAGAUUUCUAGCAAAUUGGAUUCCGACUACCAAUUGAGGUACAGGUGCGAAGACAUCAUUAAUUUCAGGAAAGAUACUAAGAUUAUAGGUUAUGGUUACGACACCAAGGCAUUAUAUUUGAUAAAUGGAAGCAAUGCGGUCAUAAAGAUAGAAACCAAACUGGAAAAUAUAUCAACUGCUACAAAUACGAAGUUUAUCAAGUCGCAUCUUGACCAAGCGGUAUACUUUUCUCAAAUAGCCGAAAGCCCUAUUGAUUUUAAUUUACCUGAAAAUAUUGAGCUUGAACGUGAGGCAAUCGAAGAAGACCUGCUUGAAAGUGCGACGGAAAUCUUACUCUCAAACUGCAACUAUAUUCCUCCGAAGAUGAGCUCCCUAACCCAUCAUUUGCAGUUGAGGGUAGAGUUUUUCACUAAUUUGCUGCAUUACACGCAGUAUAAUUUUAUUUAUAAAGUUUCCCCACAGGUUAAGCUUCAACUGGUUGAGAACUACGAAAUAUUGAAUUGUGCCUUGGCUUUGUUGAUUUCUUUAGAAGACUAUCCAGAAUUUGCAGAUCUAUGGCAAAAAACCUUGGUUGCACAAGGCAUUGAUGAAGAGAAAUUAAUUUUAACACAACUGAACAAAUUCCCACAAGUAAUCGGCAAAUUCCUUGAAUCCCUCAAUGAUCGUUUGGGCGCAUCAGAGGAUAUAACGCUUAAGGCUGCCGCGGCUAGAUUUGUCAAUGCCGUAAUCUAUCAGGCCUGUUUGCAAGAGGGCGAAAACAAAUACAGGUACGGCAGCUUAAACAUGGCGAUCACUGAAGUUAACGACAAUUUGUUAUGGAUUGCCCAACAUUCGAUACCAAAAAAUAUCAACGGUAUUUUAUUUCAUCUUGCGUUCUGUACUGAAGAUGAUUCCUUCCGAGAAACCUAUAGUAUUGAGAUUCUUGAUUGUAUUAAGACGCUCUACUAUUUAUGCAAGCAAACAGACAUUUGCUACAAAGAAAAAAAUGUUAGCGUCUCAUCUCCAGGUUACAGAAGCGCAAUUGAUUUCUACUCCUCAAAUCAUCUGGCUUGGAUUCAAUUGUUAUGUAAGGUAAACCGUUCUGCUGAUGCGAUCCAAAUUGCUGACUUUUACCAUGAUUUAGAAGGACUUGUGGAAGCUUUAAACACAUUCGAUAAACGGAAGGCAGAACCAGUUUAUGAGCAGUUCUUCUCGAAGUACGAGUAUGAUUUUGCAAAGACUGUAUUUACUUCAUCCAUUGAACACAAGAAAAUUGAUGAUCUGUUUUUUCAGUUUGAACAGUACAGUGCUUACUUAAAUCGUUUCUUUGAAGAAAACCCUGAAUAUGGGUAUGUCUCAUGGAUUGGUAAUAUAUUCGAUGGAAAAUACAAACAGGCUUCUGAAGUUUUGACUGCGGUAGCAACUUCGAAUUCACAUCCUGAAUUUGACCUCAAUCAACGUCAAGUUCAGUUAAGUAUCGCAAAAUUAAGUGCAAUUGUGGAAGAUGGCGACCUAGAUUUGGAUAAACUAAGUAAUAUCCAAGCACAUCUGGACUUAAUGGAAUUUCAGAAGAAGCUUGCUGAUAUAUUAAAAAAUGAGGCAAAAAUAUCACCAAGAUAUCAAACUAUGAAAGGCUUUUCAAAAUACUACAGUGACCUCGAAGAAAAGGUAAACAAUAACAGAUCGAUUUCCUUACCUGAACUGAUAAACCUGUACACUGCUAUACAGAACCCUGAUGUUUUUUACCAGUCAUUAAAAUUGCUGGCUCUUGAAAAGUCUCUUUCUCCUAAUGAUAAGCAUUCUCUGAUCUCUAUGGUUUGGAGGAGAUGUAUUUUGAUCGAUUCAUGGGAUGAUCAAUCGAAUGACAUGGAAACAGCUUUUUAUCAUACACUACUAAGGUUUUUCAACGACAGGCUCUUCAUUGAUGGUAUUGAAUUGCCCGACGUUGAUCGUUUACGAGCAGACGAUAGCAACAGCAGUGCCAUUCGAUUACUAGAAGAUCCACAGUUGCAGAAGUUAUGUAAGAAGGAUUUUCAAUCAGAAAUUAAAGCUUUGCAAAACUUAAGCACCUCGCUGAAAUCUCGUAUGCAAUCAUUGAUAGGCUCCGCAAAUGUAGAGUCUGGUGCUAAAUGUGUCAUAAAUUAUGAAACCAACUCUAUUGACUAG